AUGGCUCCCGUUAAGACUCAGAAGGCAAACAAGUACACCGUUGACUGCAAGGCUCCCUCCGCCGACGGCAUUUUCGACGUUUCUUCUUUCGAGAAGUUCCUGACCGAGCGAAUCAAGGUCGAGGGCCGAACCAACCAGCUUGGUGAGGACAUCAAGGUCUCCUCCAACGGCGACAUUGUUACCGUUGUCUCCACCACCCAGUUCUCCGGCAAGUACCUCAAGUACCUGACCAAGAAGUACCUCAAGAAGCAGCAGCUGCGAGACUGGAUCCGAGUUAUCUCUACCUCCAAGGGUAACUACACUCUUAAGUUCUACAACGUUGUUGCCAACGAGGAGGACGAGGAGUAA